AUGCAAUCUCGUGCAGAAUUCCUAGAAUCUCAAAAAGUCCACCGUUUCAAAUUAAAGGAAAUGGAAAAAGAUGAAGCUAUUUUGUUUGAAAACAAGCGUCGUUUUGUUCUUUUCCCUAUUAAAUACCAUGAAGUUUAUGAUGCUUAUAAGAAACGUGAAGCCAAUUUCUGGACCGCUGAAGAAAUGGAUUCCUCCAAAGAUAUUGAACAAUGGAAUUCCGAAGGUGCUAUUACCAAGGAUCAAAAAGAAUUCAUUACUAGAUUACUAGCCGUUUUUAUGUCACAAGAUUUCAUCGAUCAAAACUUAACUGAAUUAUUAAGUGCUGAAGUUCAAAUUCCAGAAGCUAAAUGUUUCUAUGGGUUCCAAAUUAUGGUUGAUAAUAUCCAUGCUGAAGUUUAUUCUUUGGCUAUCGACGCUUUAAUCAAAGAUGAAAAAACUAGAGUUACCAUGUUCGAAUCCAUUGAGGACAACUCCAAUAUCAAGGCUAAGAUGGCUUACAAUGAAACCUGGUUUGGCGAAGAUUCCUUAUACGCUGAAAAAUUGGUUGCAUUUGCUGCCUUACAGGGUUUAUUCAACUUAACUGGUUACGUUUCUGCCUUCUAUUUACAAUCUAAAGACAUCUUACCUGGCUUCAACAAGAUGAACGUGGAGAUGUUUAAGGAUCACACUAUGCAUACUGAUUUCCAAGCUUUAAUGUUUGCUCAUUUGAAAAACAAACCAAAUGCCAAGAUUAUUGAAAGAAUCGUCACAGAAGCUGUCGAAUUGGAAAAGAAGGCUUACGAUGAUUUAUUCUUGGUUGAAAAGAUCGGUUUGUCUAAGAAAGACAUGGACCUAUUCAUUGAAGUAGUAGCUGAUACCAUCUUAGAAUCCUUCGGUAACGAAAAACACUACAAUGCUUCUAACCCAUUCCCAUUCAUGGAAGGUGUUGAAUUACCAGGUCAAUCUAAUUCAUUCGAAAAGAAAGUUUCUGACUACCAAAAGGCUGGUGACAUGGCCAAGGCUGAAAAGGAAAACAAGGCUAAGGCUGAUGACGCCUUCGCAUUUAAUGAAGACUUCUAA